AUGACAACAACGGAACUGUUGUUGACAACAACGGUCAACGGAACUGUUGAACUCACCAAAAACUCGUCUCACCAUAGCAGAACAGAACACUUCGACGUGCACCAUCAUUUUGUUCGAGAAGCUGUGAAGAAUAGACAAGUUUCAGUGCUUAAAAAAUCCACCGAAUUUAUGGUGGCUGAUGUCUCCACAAAACCUUGUCUUAAUGUCCUUACCCAGAGAGAAACAACGAUGGUGUACAACGAAGAUGGGGCUGGUGCUCAAUCCCAUGCAUCAAGUUGGGGUGUUGGAGACCAAUGCCGCAUGAGUAUUAAGGAAGACAACCAGAUAGAAAAUAAACGACGAAAACGGCUAAACAUAGUAAAGUCUCUGCAGCGAAGAUAUAAAGGUAACGUUAUUAUUAAAGGACCUCACGUAAUCUUUGAACAGUUAAAUCAUAAUAACUUAACGUUUGAAGAAAUCAUAAUGGAUUAUGCAAGACAUCUGAAUAAAGAAGAGGAAUCACAAAAUGUAACUGCAUCAAAAUUAAUUUGCCUUCCAGAUUACCCAACCAUUGUCACGAAUGGCGAAGACUUCGGUAUGUAUUCGUCACAAUUUUAA